GAAAAUAUAUUUUUCUAGCCUCCAAGAUUAUGUUUCAUUUUAGUACCAUAAAGCUCAAAUUUUGAACAUGAUAAAUUGAUUUAGGAAUUAAGAUUUACAAAAAGUAAUUUUCCGUUGGAUUUCUUUACAAAACACAGCGUCGGAAAGUGAAGAACAGUCAUCGCCGGCGAUGAUACGAGCGGUGAUAAUAAUGAACGACGAAGGCAAGCCUCGCCUCGUCAAAUUCUACGACCAUCAGCCUAUGGAGAAACAACAAGAAAUCAUUCGUAGCAUCUAUGGAGUUCUAUGUAGUAGAGCAGAGAAUGUGAGCAAUUUUGUUCAAGCAGAUUCUACUUUUGGAAAGGAUACGCGACUUGUAUACAAGACUUUUGCUACAUUGUACUUCAUUGUCAUAUUUGAUGAUUCUGAAAAUGAGCUUGCAAUUCUUGAUCUUAUGCAAGUAUUUGUGGAGACAUUAGACAAAUGUUUCAGUAAUGUCUGUGAGCUCGAUAUAGUCUUCAAUUUCAACAAGGUACAUACUAUCCUUGAUGAAAUUAUUUUGGGAGGUCAAGUUGUUGAAAUGAACUCUUCUGAAAUUGUCAAAGCAGUCAACGACAUAUCUGGAUUGGAGAAGAACCAGAAUUCAAUCCUUCGAGUUUCAAAGUCGAUAUCUGGUUGGCAAGGGCGAUAAUGGAAAUAUUUGUGUUUUUUUUAUUUAUGUAUGGAAAGUAAUAAAUUUGUUGUGUUUCUCUUCUGUAAGCUUAUAGAGACUAGUUCAAUGUUAAAAGAUGAAAAAUGGUAUUUAUGUCUUUAGCACACAAAUCAAGAACGAGAUCCCAAAUCCCAU